AUGCCUUCGAGCACCGCCCCGCCCCUCGACGCCGCCUCGUCUCCUAGCCCCGCUAGCCGCGUCUUCGAGCUCUACGAAAUCGCAUCGCUCAUUCUGCAUCUUGCUCGCCGCCAAUUCGGGAAUUCGAGCGUCAUACCCUUUACGAUCGCUAACAAAGCUAUCGGCGACAUCGCGCUCGACGUACUAUGGGAGCGGCAGACGAGCCUCCUGCCACUCUUCAUGGUUCUCCAACGUGGCUUCAAGGCCGAGGCAAACACUCGCCGUGUGCCCAAAGCAGUGCAGGACAGACGAGAUGCUGAGGAUGAAUAUGAGCAUGAGCAUCAUACAAUGUUCCGGCUGAAGCCCGAUUUUUCGUUCGGUCCAGGAGACUGGACGCGGCUACAGUUCUACGCUCGCCGUAUCAAGAUUGUUGAAGAUGCAGUGCUCGACCCGGAUGAAGACAACAAUGUGCACUUCGAUACCGAUAUCGUCCACGCCAUCUUCAAAGCCCGUCCAGACGCCGUGCUCCUGCCCAACGUCUAUCGCCUGGAAUUGGGACCGCGCUGCCAAAAACUGUGCGAGCUCAUGGACUUCAAGGUCACACAGCACAGAAAACCACCACACAUACCAUGCGUUAGCCUACACGACCUAUUCCGUCCGCACGCACUGAUUGGAUAUGUCUGUCAACUUGAGAAGCUCCGCUCCCUUGGUAUCAUGCUGGACAAAGAGCUCAAGAUGUUGCCCGUUCUGCGCAGCUUGCCGCAUCUCGAAGAGCUUCAUCUCAAGUUUGAGCCGGAGGACUUUUCCAUGCUUAGGAGCUGUGCGGGAAACUACGACGAUGACCAUACCGAAGGGUUGAAUGAACGCAAGCUGCAAGCAGAUCCUGCGCCAGGAUUUCCGGCGCUGACUACGCUACGCCUCACAGACCCAGUCCGUAUGCGAUGCGUAGCCCUCGCUCUCGGCAACAUCGCAACGAACCGGCUGAAGCUCAAGUCGCUGCGGAUCCGCGGUUGGAAUCAUCGCUCCGACGACCCAAACCCAACGCAGGUGAUGCACUCUGCCAUCCUCAAGCGCUGCGACCCGGACACUCUGACGCACCUCACUCUCACGAGCGAGUUCGAUGGCUUCUCCAGGAUGCAAGAUUACCACGCGAUGUACAAAGAUCUCGCAGCGCUGCACAACAUUACACACGCAACUCUCGAUAUUUGCGGCUUGUGCAGGGACCUCGGUGUCGUGCUUGACACCCUCACGCGUGCGUGGCCGCGACUCGAGAGCUUGGUGUUCUUCCCGGAACCUGGGGCUCCGCGGCACAACCUACGCCUGGGUGACUUGGCAUGCCUAGCCAACCGAUGUCCCAAGCUCUCGUAUCUCUCCUUGCAGGUCGAUUAUAUCGACUCUGCUUACUUCCCUGAUUCCAUUCCCGACGCCCAUUCAAUCCCGAAUCGGAGCCUCGUACUCAAUAUUGGACUCCAGAUGAACUUGGCCGAGAAGGAGCCGGAAUGGGUGUCCUCCACCGUCGACUUCCUGGAUCGCGUGUUCCCCUACCCGACGCUGAAGUCCAUCACGUACGACGAACUCGACGGUCACCUCGCCAAUGCUCUUCACGCGCGCGAUUAUAAGGGCACAACGCCGACGCUAGCAGGGAAGGAUGAUCCGCACGGUCCAUUGCGUCGCGAGUGGUUGUCCGUUGACAACAUCGGUCGGAUUCUUGGCGUUCCGAAAGAUAUGGGCAUAGAGGAGAAAAUGGCGGCCGUUCGGAUUGCUUGA